AUGUUGUUCCUCGGCAUCGCUGUGGCUCUCCUCGCCGGCCCGACCCCAGCCAUCGGGGCCAUCACCUCCAGCCUGCAGAGCAUUCUAAAAAACACCCACGGCAGCAAAGACUAUGGGUAUCCAACUGAUUUGACAAGAGAUCUGUUACCUAUUCCGGUUCAUUCUCAUAACGGCGUGUGGGAUACUGUUCCCGAUCAAACGCUAUAUUUCUUCAUUGAUGUGAAGACCUCUGGCCCCGAGACUUUCAAGGCCGUUAUCGCUGCACUAGAGCCUCUGCGAAAGAAGGGCUACCUUACUACCGUGAAGGACGGCAAGACCGUGACCAAUGGGCCCGUCACCAUUAUUGGCACGGGAGAAACACCACUCGACCUGGUAGCUCCAGUCAAAGAUCGAGACUAUUUUUUCGAUGCGCCUCUUGCCAAUCUCAACGAUCCCAGAUACGCCGAUAUCACUGGUGUUGUAUCGCCUGUUGCAUCAACCGAUUUCCAGGCAGCCGUUGGCAAGAUUACCAGAGACACCGACCCAAUCCUGACAGAAGAUCAACUCAAGGCUCUCCGAGAUCAAAUCUCUACGGCGAAUGAGCGAGGGAUUGGAGCUAGAUACUGGAACACGCCGUACUUCCCGGUUCGUGCACGAAACCUUGUCUGGAGAACUCUGCUACGUGAAGGAGUCUUUCUUCUUAACGCCGAUGAUCUAGAUGCUGUAUCUUCAGUGUUCUAA